AUUUUAUUGCAUACUCGCAACAUUCAGACCGCGGUCGGUACGUCUCGAAGAUCAACAAACAGGCAGGUGGCAACACGUUUAUAAUCGUCUUCAUUCAGUCAUGGUAAGUUGACAUACAUUUCUUUCAUUAAAUAUGCUACUUUCAAUCAAUUAAAUAAUCAGCUAAAUGGCUAUCAUAGUUAAAACUAUUAUAUAAUUCUGACCGCAAUAAAUUACGCACAAAAAGUAAGGACUGGAAAAAAUGGCGAAGCGUCAUUGACGACGUCUAAACUAAGUUAAGAAUCCAAAACGAAUAUUGAAUUUUUUAUUAUAUUUCUUAUAAUACUCAGCUAAGGAUGGCCUAAGGGGCAGUCCAGUCCAUAAAUUAAUAGGUAGUCUUGCAGUUCAGGUGCAUAUAUUAUUUCUGAUAGAAUGUUGUAUUAUCGCAUGUAAACAUGUGUUACGUGUUACAUUACAUGUAUUCUUCAUUAAAUUAAAUUCAGGCAGUGAUAGUUAACUAAUACUGAAUUAUGCAGCACUUAUUUUCGUUUUAUAUUAUUUCUAAAGGUCCUUUGAACAUCCCCCAACCUUCCAUAGCUCCAUUUGUAUUGUUGGUUGUUUUUUUUCACCCUGUUGCCAGAUUUUUUUUAUCACCUAUAAGUUGGUAAGCUAAACGAAAUGUUCAAAUUGUAGGCAUGGUUACAAAAAAGAAUGAAAUAUGGGGGGGGGGGGGGGUUAAUCUUAGUGGGUUGUUUUUUUUUUGAGAGGGGGCCAAAAAUUUUUUUUUUUUUUUUUUUUUAUGGGGUGUAUAAAUAUAAUUCCAAACAAAGGCUCCUGAAUGGGUAUGGGUGAAUGGUACAAGAUCAAACUUAGUACACAUACACUUGAUUAUCCAUAUUAUUCAAUAACCAGUACUAAUAAAGAUCAAUACUCGGAGGUCGAGAUUCUAUCUCUUAUGACCUUGGCCGUGAAACAUAGCCUAGUAGUCCCUGGGGACUCCGGCCAUGCAACUCGGCCUUGGGUAACGUGGUUUUGGGCAGGUUUCUUCCACCCAUGAGGGAGCAGUUUUGCGUCACAGUCCCCCUUGCCCAUUGAGUCUUACGGUCGGGACGUAGGGUUGGAACAGCUUUGCUUCCUCUCCGGAGAUGGCGUUACAUUGCCACCCCCACCGCCCGGGGAGCUGUACGUUCCUUGGUAUGGGACGGCUUUGCUUCCACUCCGGGAGUAGUCAUGAGCUUAACUUUCUCCCACUGUUCCUACGAGUUGUGGACUUAUGGUUCCCAACGAUUUUUUUCCCUCCGGGGAAGCGUAGCGUUGCCUCAAACUCGCUGUUCCGGGAGCGGUUCGGUCUGGACUGUGAAGGGUCAAAACGGCUUUUACUUCCUCUCCGGGGGAGGCGUUGCGUUACCUCAACCCACCUUCGGGGAGUGGUUCGGUCUGGAUGUAGCGGGGACGAAACGGUCGCAUAGGGGCAGCUUUCUCAGGGCCGCGUCUUUUUAAUCAUUGACAAGGGAUUGGGCGGCCACCCACUGCCUCAUACCCAUCAACGGCAACAGGUAAUCAUGUUAGCGCUUAAACUUCAGUUGCGUUAGAAGUCAUGCGUUUUGCCUGGGAUCUUUUAGCUUCAGAAGGAGAAACUCCCCCCUACUAGUCAGGCACGCCACGAAGAGGCAAGAUCCCGUGUAACACCACCGAGAGCUUGUGGUGCUGGGCAAGGAUUUUCCAGAGGUCCACCCCUAACCCGCCUGAAUAACCAGUACUGAAGGGUAAAGAACUGAAGUACUUUCAUUGCAAAUAUCCUCGAGGCCAUUGGCAAGAUGGCCACUGGGUGUUGGGCAGCAUGGAGCGUGGCACGGGUAAAUGCUUUCUCAUCGAGGUUUUCAGACCGCACAGCUGCUACACUUGAGCCGUUAAUUAAAUAAUUUUGGUAUAGUUUAAUAUAAAUCUAAUUUCUUGUUUCGUUUUUUUGUGAAUAUGCUUUCAGUUGAAAAAUUGCAAUCUGGGAUGUAGGGGGAAAUGGAAAAUUGCAAUCUGGCAUUUAUGGUGAAUUUAAAAAAAAACAACAAGAAAAUGGAGAGAUCGUUUACGCUACCGGCUAUGUACACGUGGGGGCUGUAAAAAUCAAUAAAAAGAAAAGUUAGUGCUAUACAAUUUAGUAUUAAUGUUAACUAAUACUGUCUAGACUAAAUUUUAUAAAGAAUACACAUAAGUUUACACACGAUAAUACAAAAGUUUAUCAGAAAUAAUAUACGCACCUGAACUGUAAGAUUACCAAUUAAUAAUUAUGUAAACAUUUUUUAAAGCAAGGUUUUAAAAUUGUUCUGAGGCUGAUUCUGAUGAUCAUUGAAAUGAUCCAAUUUCAACAACUCAACUAACUGACAGCAAAUUUUUCUUUGAGUUAAUGAGUUAAAGUUAAUGCUUGUCUUACAGCAGACCUGCACAACAUAUGGCCCAAGGGCCGCAAAGUACCUACUUUGCGGCCCGCAAAGUAAUGAAUUAUUUUUUUUAAUUAUUAUUUUCUUAAUAGCUUUUCCCCGUGUCCUAUUUUCUUUCGGCCGGCACAAGUUGUCCAUAAAGUAUUACCGCCUGCCUUACAUUUUGAGUUUUGCACAGCCUGUCUUCAAGUUGGAGUUUAGUUUUAACUCCUGCUGCACAUUUAUUGUGAUGUUAUAAACAUGAUUUUAACUAAUCCGUAAACUUCAAUUAUUUAUUAAACAUUGAAUCUGAAAUUUGAUUUGAUUGUCAUUUAAAGUUAGCUUCCCUAAUUUUAGGUAGUAAUACUGAAUGUAAAUGUAAUGCAAAAUUGCAGUAAAGAGAGUUUUAAUCUAAGCCAUUACCAAUGUUGCUUCAAAACUGUGUGCUUAAAAGAAAUUUCACUGUCCCUUCAUUCUUUACAUCUUAGUCAAACUUUAAAAAGACAUCAUUAGCUGGUGGGGGCCGCAAAAAGACUGGCCCAAGACCAGAGCUGACAGAAGAACAGAAGCAGGAGAUCCGAGAAGCUUUUGAUCUUUUUGAUGCUGAUGGCUCUGGUACUAUUGAUGCAAAAGAACUAAAGGUAUGUAAUUUUUAUGUAUGUUUAACUUAUAAAUUUGACACUUAAAACUCAAAUAAAUCAUUUCAAAAAGCUUUAUUAAAUUUAAUUUUAUCUACAACAUCGGACAUACUUGAAUGUUUAAUAACAGGGCAAAGACAGUUUCAAUGUUUGUUAUGUUAUUAUUUUGUAUUCAAAAUGUCCAUUAAGUGUUUAUUUACAACACAUAAAAUGAUUAUAUUUUGCCAUCGUGUACGGUUUAUAUCCUUUAUUUGUCACAUUUUAGGUUGCCAUGAGGGCUCUUGGCUUUGAACCUAAAAAAGAAGAGAUUAAAAAGUUGAUUGCUGAAAUUGAUAAAGACUCAUCUGGUAAUACUCAAUGAUGACUUAAAAUCAAUCAAUCUAAAAGUUUAUUAUGGAAUUGGAAAUUUAUCUGUAUAACUAGAGAUUCAUAUGGUGUAUCUGUAUAACUAGAGAUUCAUACAAAUCUAUUCCUUUAGUUUGAGCGACUUAUGAUAAUAAAGUUAUUAUCAAGUUUCAAGCCCCCACAGCCAUCAAAGGGUAACAUCUUAAAAUGACCCCUGACAGAAAUAAUUUUUCUAACUCAAUGUAUAAGAUAUUCCUUGUUUAGUUUAAAUUUUUAAAACACAAUAUUUAUAUGUGGAGUAAGUUGGCAUAUCUUCUUACCCUAACUCUAAAGGCAAAUUACAUAGCAAAAUUAACUUCCAGCUUUUUAAAAAUCUUUACAUAUGAAAAGUAUUUAUUUGAGCUCCGAAAAAAAUAAAAUAAUUUGAAUGUCUUAUUGAAAGAAAAUCACAGCAAACAUAUUUGAAAAUAUUUUGUAUUCAUUAUCCAGGUAAUAUUGACUUCAAUGAGUUUUUACAAUUAAUGACUUGCAAAAUGAGUGAGAAGGACUCAAGGGAGGAAAUCCUUAAAGCAUUCCGUCUAUUUGAUGAUGAUGAAACUGGAAAAAUUUCAUUUCGUAAUUUGAAGAGGGUGGCAAAAGAAUUAGGAGAAAAUAUGACUGAUGAGGAAUUACAGGUAAUUGUAAAUGUUCAAUUUUUUAAAAAUUUAUACAAAUAGAAAUCAAAUUGAUACAAUUUUUUUUUCCUGCAAUUUGGACAUUCAGCUUUACAUUUUAUUUUAUAAAACACAUUUGAAAUUAGAAGUCUAGAUGUAUCCCCUUAACCCAGGAGCUGUCAUAAUGGUUGAUCAUUUAUAAAAAGGCCCCAGCAAUCAGUAUGGUUUCGAGUUAAGAUAAACUGUAGCACCAUUGUACUCACUGUUGAAAGGUCAAAGUAAUAUUCAUUUCACAUAGCUCACAGAACUCCAACAUUCAUGCCAUAGGAUUCCUUGUCAUAUUUACUCUCAGAGUAUCUAUACUUACAUGGGUCUAUGGACACAUAGCUCACAGCACUCCAACAUUCAUGCCAUAGGAUUCCUUGUCAUAUUUACUCUCAGAGUAUCUAUACUUACAUGGGUCUAUGGACACAUAGCUCACAGCACUUCAAUAAUCAUGCCAUAGGAUUCCUUGUCAUAUUUACUCUCAGAGUAUCUAUACUUACAUGGAUCUAUGGACACAUAGCUCACAGCACUCCAACAUUCAUGCCAUAGGAUUCCUUGUCAUAUUUACUCUCAGAGUAUCUAUACUUAGAUGGGUCUAUGGAUGUAUUUUCUAUUAGUUUUGUUUGUUUGAGUGAUACAUGUCAAAGUUAGUAAAAAGCAGUGUUGACACCACAGCACGUUUGUAGUUGACACCACAGCACGUUUGUAGUUGACACCACAGCACGUUUGUAGUUGACAGUUCGUGGGUUAAGAGAAAUCCCAAAGUUUUCUACAUUUUUCAAUAAAGACAUUUAAUAUAAGAUUUUGCUGUAUAACGGAAAUGAUAUAAACAUACUGGUAUGAGUUGUGCCACAUGAUCCACUGAACUGUUGCCUAUCCACAGGAAAUGAUUGAUGAGGCAGAUAGAGAUGGUGAUGGGGAGAUCAAUCAGGAAGAGUUUUUAAGAAUCAUGAAAAAGACUAGUUUAUACUGAGUUCUCUCCUCUCAUUCCCUCAUGUUGUUAUCAAUGAUAAAGUAUCAAUCAGUGUAUCAAUCAGUUCAUUCAAUGAUGAAUGUGGUUUAAAAGGUUACGUGUUAGCAGUAAAAGUAAAUGUGUCAACUGUAGAGUUUUUGCAGGGUAUGACUGAUUUUUAUACUUGUGGUGAAUAGAUUUCAGUGCUGGUUUUUUCCGAACUUUGACUGUUUGUUGUCCACAAAAUGUUGGUUUUUUUUAAACUUGGCGUGUUUGAAAUAGGCAAAUAAUAUUGUCUUUUUGAUUACUCUUUAUGUUGUUUUUUUUUUCCACAUUUGUCUCGUUAUUUAUAACUGUAUAUAAACAAAUAAGCUGGCUCUGACAUUUUUUUGCGGAGGUCCACAUUGACAAAUGUAAAGCAAUUGGGGGGCCGCAGGUAUAUUAUUUCCAAUUUUUAGAUUAACAUUUCUCUAUAUUAAAAUGGGUAAAUUCACAUUUUAGCAUUACAUGACAACAGUUAAGGACUGUUUAAAAAAUUAAAAAGUUGGAAUGAAAUUUUAUAAAAAAUGUUAAAACAAUCAUUACGGGACAUGAAAUACUGUAAAAUUCAACAAAAUAACUUAAAAACAAAGUAUUUUUUAAAAUUUAUAAAUGCCUUGAGGGCUGCAUAAUAUCAGUAGCCGGCCGUAGUUUGCCCACCCCUGCCUCAGAGUAAUCAAAAUAAUUAUAAGCCCUUUUCUUUAAUUCCUAAGAACUUUUUCCCCUCACUGUAAUUAAAUAUAUAUUUUCUGUAAACAUUUCAUUGUUUAGCAUGCAACCUAGAAUAUGAAAAACACAUAUUUUUUUUUCAACAGGCAAUUGUAACCAAUGUUAACAUUCCUUGUUUUUUUGUGGGGACCAAUAAAUUCAAAAGAAGAUAUUACACCACUGGACCGAUUCUUUAGAUUUAAUUAUUAGUUGAAACAUAUGUGGGAGGAACAAUUUAUUUUGGGGGAGAUCUGCUACAUGGGAUUUUACAAAUCAAACAUUUGCAGCAUUAUUUUCUAAUUUAUUUAAAAUCUAGUUUGGAAAAUAAAUAUUUGAUGACGAGGACUUCGAAUUAUUUAAGUUGAAAUGGACUAACAGUGUGAUGAGAGAUAUUGCAUACAUCAGAUGGUUUUAUGGACUUCAGAUCUGUUAAAAUGAUCUCCCUUUUUAUGGGCACCAACUCCCACCCCCUUUAGAUUUAUGAAUUAAGCCUCUUUCCUUACGUAAUUUAAUGCUGUUCAGUGUGUAAAUAUAAGUUGAGUUUCCAAGAUGUUCAAUGUUUUAGCAUUGUCUGCCCUUGUCAUUAUUAAACUGUUGGACACCUGCUGUCCACCACCAUCACCAAGUUGGCCAAGUGAGUACUGGUAGUUAUUGUGUGGUCCUCUGUAAUAUUUUAUAUUUAACUUGAUUGAGCAAGUGUGUUGACCAGGUUGACCAGCCAAAUGAAACAAUAAAGUCUCAGUGCUAAACUACCACUCUCUUUUUCUUUGAUGAUGACUGCGACCCAAUAUUCUGAAUCACUGUCUUUAACUUAGAAGGACAAUUAAAAGUUUUUAUACCAAAAUCUUGGACUUAGUUUUGUUUUUCUGUUGCAAUUAUUUUAAUAAAUUUAUUGUUCCAGAUUUUUAGUUUUUUUUUAAAUUUAUUUUCUUUUAUUGUAAAAUGUCAAUUAUUUCUCAGUGGUUGCAGCCCUUGUCCUUUCCGGAAUAACUUUUUAAUUAAUUCAAGUUUGCCGAUUUUUAAUUUUUAGUCUUUCAUCACAUUAAACUUAUUAUAGCUCUGGUUGGCAGAGGGCUAAAGAGCAGACUUUCUUGAUCUCAUGACCUCUUAGCCUUUAA